AUGACCGUGCAAACAAAAGGCGAGGAUGUCUAUGCUAGCAUCCUCUUGACAGACACCUAUCUACCUGGUGCUCUUGUGCUGGCACACUCUCUCCGGGAUGCUGGGACCAAGAAGAAGCUGGCCAUCCUUGUCACCCCGGACACCGUUUCCCCCGAGGUCAUCACCCAGCUGAAGGCAAGUACACUAAACCAAACGGUCUACGACUACAUCAUCCCGGUUGAGCGUAUCCGCAAUGAUCACCCGGCCAACCUCUAUCUCAUGAAUCGUCCUGAUCUGCACUCUGCUUUCACCAAGAUCGCCCUCUGGAAGCAGACUCAGUUCCGGAAGAUCGUCUACAUCGAUGCUGACGUUGUCGCCUAUCGUGCUCCUGAUGAGCUCUUUGAACUGCCUCACGCCUUCUCGGCCGCCCCUGAUAUCGGCUGGCCUGACAUCUUCAACACCGGUGUCAUGGUUCUCUCCCCGAACAUGGGCGACUAUUAUGCCAUGAUGGCUAUGGCCGAGCGGGGCAUCUCCUUCGAUGGUGCCGAUCAGGGUCUGCUGAACAUGCACUUCAAGAACUCUUGGAACCGUCUUCCCUUCACUUACAACGUCACCCCCUCGGCUCACUACCAGUAUGUGCCGGCCUAUUUGCACUUCCAGUCGAGCAUCAGCAUGAUCCACUUCAUUGGUGCCGACAAGCCUUGGAAGCUGGGCAGGAGCCAGCAUGUCGGCAACAACCCUUACGACGAGAUGAUUGGCCGCUGGUGGGCCGUCUACGACCGUCAUUAUCAUCCUAAUGCCAACAAUGUCCCGGACAUCGUCCGGUACUUCGUGAAGGGCGAGUUCGACCCUACCAAGAGCUUUGUCCUUGGCGCCAAUGGCUCCUGGGAUGCCCAAAAGAACCCCCCGCCCCCUUACUCUAAGCCUGAGGGUUACAACCUCCCCCAGACCUACUAUGCUAUGUCUUCUGACCCGACUCCAUUCGUGACUCCUGACUCUGCACAUUAUGAGAAUACUCCUAAACCCAUCUUCCCUUGGGAGAUGAACCGCUCACGGCCAAAGCGUGUGUUCGGCGGCUACGUUGAGUCUGAGCCUGCCCCUGCCACUACCCCUGCCCCUAAGGCUACUCCCAAGCCUGUGGCAACACCCAGGGCUCGAUCCCCGGUUAGGUCUUCGACUCCUAAGCCUUCCGACUCCGACACCCCGAGGACCCCAUCUCCGGCUCGCCGAGCCACUCCGGGCCCUACCCCCUCGAGCGCACGCUCGGAUGCUUGGAACUCUGCUACCCCGACUGCCACUCCUGGCACCACGGCCACUACCCCGGUCGCCCAGCACCACAGCAGCGUCUGGAACCGCUUUACCAACGUCUGGGAUGACAUCCCCGAAAUCACACGCUAUAUCGAGGCGCUGCAGAGCAGGUACCGCCGCUCUCGCAGUCGUUCCAACGUAAACCCGACCGGCACCACGAAGGUGACGGAAUUCCCUAGCGAGGACGAGAGGCCUAGCCUGCCUGUCACCCCGGCCCCGAUCAAGAGGACCGGCAGCCGCGCCGGUACCAUCGGCCGCGUUCUAUCGUACGGUGAGGACGAGAAGGCGUUUGCGGCGACGGUGCCGAGUGCGCCGCAGGAGUGGGUAUGUGUCCAUGGCGUUCAGUGGUCGCCGGCGGACUGUCCGUGCGAACUCCUCCAAAAGGCUAACAACCUGUUGCCUGGGAGGGAGUUUGGCGCUGAGCCUGUCCACCACAAGCUGAUCGAGAAGGCCGAGCCGGAGCGCGCCGAUACCGCCACGCCCAUCGUCAGUCCCAUGCCGGUCAAACCCGUCGUCACAACCGUCGUUGGCAAGGGCCUCGAGCCGAGCCCCGUCGACAGGAUUCUCAGCAUUGGCAACGAGGAGGAGGUACCCGCUUCGCCGACCAUCGCCGAGUCCUGGGCUUCGAGGCCUGGCUCGACCGUCCCGCUGCCGAGCUAUGCUGGCCCGGGGCCAAUGUUUGAGAAGGGCGAGGUGCUGCCGAUGCAUGCGGUCGGCUCAGCCCUGCCCUCGGAUGAGGUGAGGGAGGAGCUGGAUGUUUGA